AUGCGUGAACGAGUUGAUGAGGAUUUAGAGGCAUGUGAAGCUGAACUAGAACGAGUGAAGGCUCGCCGUGAUGAACUAGCAGCAGAAAAACACGAAUGCUUCACAAAACUCAUAGCUUGCCUUCAACGAGAGUCGAUGCAGAAGAAAGCGGAAGAUGAGCGCAAACGGAGGGAGUUACUCACGCUUCAAAUACAACAACCGUUUUUGGCCGCAACAAUUCAAGCUCAAGCGCAGGCCCAAGCGCAAGCACAAGCAAACAGCCUGAUCUCAAACCAGCACCUGCUUACGCAACAAAAUCUUCUAUCGCAGCAUUUCUCUGCGCAGAAUCUCUUGAACCAGCAGGCAUUGCUUCAACACCAACAGCUACUGGCAGCGCAAAAGUUCCAAGAGCUUGCUCAAGCUCACGCACUCUUGUUCAGCAGCAACAAAAUGCUGCCCAAGUUACUGCGCAGCAAGCAUUACCGGCGGGAAUAUCACCAGCUUACCUACAGCAAGCACUCGGGAUUGCUACCCGGAGCUGCUGCAUCAGUGCCUGGUUUCACUGCUGCUGCGCCGGUGACUAGGUGGGUUACGCUGUUCAUCGGUCUUUCUUGUACAUUCUUGCACAUUUUCUGCAGCCUCGUUGUUUCUUUCGGGCAUUAUUUGGUUCCCUUGUUUCCAGUUUUUUCACGAAGAGAGACUUCACUGUAG